CACAAAUAAAAAAGGUAUCUGCAAUAAUUAAGUUUGUGUAUUUAAUGCAAGACAUCAAAAGUUUUAUACAUUCAUUUACGAAUCGUUUUGAUAUCCAUGUUCAUCUAAGUGUGAACUCCUAGGGAAAGGUGUGGUUCCUUCAAUAUAAUGAGUUCCAAAAUGAACUGGUUGCGUGACAAGCGUGAACAUAACAUUUUUGAGAUACAUCUGACAGAAGAAAAAUAUUGGAGUGAGAUGGAUUAAAUAGUAUACGAGAUCUCAGCAACAGUCGUUAGCUGCAAAGGACGAUUGGCAGACCUUUGAGCAUUGUGACGUUCUUUGUAGCAUGCUUGGAAACAACGUUUCUUUUUCGUAAAGCUAUGGCGUUUACCACCAUGGGUAUACUGUCUUUCAAGGUAUUGUGGACAUAUUUUAAUUGUGAAGAACCGCAAUGGACGCUAUUGCACUGGAUAUUUGGAAAGCCACGUGAUGUUUGUCCUACCAUUGCAGAUUUGUUGCAGACAUUGUCUCUGUCAUUUCUUUUGUUCGCUAUAGUCUUCUGUAUGGUGUUAAAGAUUGUACCAUGGUCGAGAAAAGGAUACAUAUACUUGCAAAUAUUCGGAGAAACCGUUAGAUAUGCACGUGUGAUAAAAGAAUCGGCGGAGACCAAGGGCCCGAAUAGAAAAUCAAAAGAGGUGAUAGUUACAAUACAGUUGCCAUCAAUAUAUACCUCAGAUGUACGUGAAAGAAUACAGAUUCACUGUGAAAUAUUGCCGAGAGUAGCAACCAACGAUUGAUGUUUAAAUA